UGGUCUUUAGUAUAAGUUUUCGUACAAGUCUCUCUAUAGUAUAAUUUUCUCCUUGUUUUACUUUUUUCCCCCAAGGGCGUUUUCCAUCAAGAACUGGCCAACACAAAGGAUGCAAUUCUGGAGGAAUCCAACAAGAACCGAUACGUGGUUCUUGCCCUCUACGAUGCCUUAAACACUCGAGACGUGAAAGCCGUUCACCGAAUCCUUGCCCCCGACAUCGAGUGGUGGUUCCAUGGCCCCCCGACGUACCAGUUUAUGAUGCGCCUUCUCACCGGAGCUUCACCGGAAGAAACUUUCCAUUUCGAGGUCGAUCCUCUCUCACUCACCACCUUCGGCUCCACCGUCGUUGUGGAAGGCUGCGAUCAUAAGCGUUCCAUCUCUUGGGUGCAUGCCUGGACCGUCUCUGAUGGGAUAAUAACACAAGUGAGGGAGUACUUCAACACUUCUCUCACUGUCACUCGCAUUGGAAACUCUAGCCAAUCCCCACAGUCCAGCUACGAUUCAUCAUCAUCACCGCCAUCCUCUUCUGGUUCUUCAUCCACGGAUGAGAUUACCCCUGUGCAUUGCACUUCGGUGUGGGAGAGCAGGUUUUCCAACAGGGUUGGGAAGUCUGUGCCGGGCCUUGUUUUGGCCAUUUAGUCAUUUCCAUUAGGGCGAUUUCUAUACGAUGAAU